UUAAGAGAUGGCUUCUGUGUAAUGUAGUUCAGUUUUUAGUUAAUCCUAUAGCUUAUCUAGACAAUGGGAGGAGUUAAAAAGUUAUUGCAGGACAUCCUGUUAUGUGUCGGGGUUGUAAAAUCCCUUUGUGAAACCAAGCAUGUGCACGCAUGGAUGGCAUCUGUAACUAUGCUCAGCUGAUAUGGAGAAUUACCGCUUUUUUACCUACGAAAAUAUGGACAAAUAUGCAAAAGACCGGACGCAUCUACAGCAUAAGAUGGCUACCGAAGAUUAUCUUCGUCAGGACUGCCAGAUGGUCCAUGGUAUUCCUAUGGUCUAUGCAUUCUCCUUUGACUGGGAUAGAAUUGAAAAUUUCCAGAGUAGGCCAGAUGAUAUUGUGAUAGCCACAUAUCCCAAAUCUGGCACAACGUGGCUAAGUGAAAUUGUGGAUAUGAUUCUGAAUAAUGGUGAUCCUGAUAAAUGCAAAAGAGAUGCUAUUUUCAAUAAAGUGCCUAUGUUAGAAUUUGUUGUCCCAGGGAAGAUGCCAGCAGGCACAGAACAGUUAACUCAUAUGUCUUCUCCUCGCGUGGUGAAGACCCACCUUCCAGUAAGCUUACUUCCCAAAUCUUUCUGGGACAAAGGCUGCAAGAUGAUCUAUAUGGCUCGUAAUGCAAAGGAUGUUGCUGUCUCCUUUUAUCACUUUGACUUGAUGAAUAAGCUACAUCCAGAUCCUGGCUCUUGGGGUGACUACCUGGAGAAAUUCAUGACAGGAAGAACAAUGAUCUUUGGCUCCUGGUAUGAUCAUGUGAAAAACUGGUGGAAUAAGAGAAAUGAUCACUCCAUAUUAUACUUGUUUUAUGAAGACAUGAAAGAGGAUCCAAAGCAUGAGAUUAAGAAACUCAUACAUUUCUUGGGAAAGAAUUUUGAUGAAUCAGUUGUAGAUAAGAUUGUUUAUCAUACAUCUUUUGAUAUGAUGAAGGACAAUCCUAUGACAAACUACAGGAUGGCUCCAGCUGCUGUAAUGGAUCAUAGUAUCUCUCCAUUCAUGCGCAAGGGAAUUGCUGGAGACUGGAAGAAUCAUUUUACAGUAGCUCAGAAUGAGGCAUUUGAUGAGAACUAUAAGAAGACAAUGGCAGAUACAACACUGCAAUUCCGAACUGAGAUCUGAGGCUCCCAUGAGCUGUAACAAAGCUGCUGCUUUUAUGCAGUUCCAUAUACUGUAGAAUAUGUCAUUCAAUAUGUUUUAAAUUCUUGCAAGUCCUUGGUUUUAAAGAAGAAGCAGAUUCUAAUUUGACAGGUUGCAGAUAAUAUGCACGUAGAUUUGGCAAACACUUCCAGACAAAAGGGGCGAGAGGUUUUUGUGACUUUCCUGGGUUUUGGUUCUUUUUCGCAGUAACUUAGGCCAUAGUCCUGUUUUAAUAUAUCUCCAUAGACGAAUAUCAUUCUUUUUGCUCUUUUAAAAAGAACAUUAAAAAAAUAAUAAUUUGGGUAAAAACUGCAGGGAGUCAAAGGAUCCAUUAGCCUCUACUGUUAUAUUUCCAAAUUAUAGUGCUGGUCUCAUUGGCUGUUAUUAAUUGAAAGAAAGGACAAAAAUACCCCUACAACUAAGCAUGAGUUGUGGAUUAAACAUUAAUACUUUUGAAAUACAAACAAGUCAUUCCAUACAAAAUUAGGCACAAGUAUAAUGUAUAAAAGAUAUUCCUUCAGGAAUUUUAAGGAAAAACAAUCAAACUUAGACAAUGUUCUUUGCAUUUUAACCUUCAAAUUAUAUUUGGUCUUACUUCCCCUCAAAUAACAUUUUAUUAAGAAUUUUGAACACAAUAGUAACAACUUAUCCAAACUAAACUUAGAGAAAAAUAGAAUAAAAAGAAAGAAUAAAAAGUACAAGAAAAAAGAAAGCAAAGAACACAAUAGAGAAUAAAUAAAAAUAUAUAAAUAAGUGAUUUCCAAUUUUCAUCACAACAGAUGUAAAUAAAUUUAAUAACUCUUCACCCGUUUCAAGAUAUCUCUUCAUUCACUAUCCCAUCCCUUUUCUAUGAGAUGGAUGGAUGGAUGGAUGGAUGGAUAGAUAGAUAGAUAGAUAGAUAGAUAGACAGACAGACAGACAGACAGACAGACAGACAGACAGACAGACAGACCUAGAAAACAUCAAUUUUUCAGUCUUGGUUGCAGCAAAAAAAUCCAUAAAGGGUUGCCAGAACAUUGUGUCAGAAUAUUUUUUUUUGAUCAUAAAUUUAUAUUCCUUAUUGUUACUUCUAACACUGUUGAUGGUGAUGUGAUCAUCUACCACCCGAGCUACAAAUAUUUUCUAUCAUUUCUGCUUCUAAUAUUAUUGAGCUUUAAUUCAAUGAAAUAUUGUUAUAGGGCUGAUUUCUCUUUAAUUCUUCUUUAUCCAAUCACACAGAUUUCUUCAAGGCUUUAACAAGCUUUGUUUGUAAAUGAGUAAGAAAACAUUUUUCCAGGUCAUUCUGUUGGUUUAUAAUUUGUAUUUCCCUUUUUAAUAUUUAAAAUUUCACCCACGUUAUUUUGUAUAUCUAGUAAAACUUUCUUUUCCAAACCACUUUCUUGUCUUAUCAUUUGUAGUUCCAUAUUCAUCUUACCAGAUAAAAUUUGUUCCAGAUCUGUUAAUCUUUCAUUAACAUUUUUAGACAUAAUAUAUCGAUAGAAGCAGAAAUCAUUACUAAUAGUUUUGAUCUUAUAAUUGCUAACUUCUGGCUCCAUUCUUCAGAGUUCUCCUUUAAUAUUUCUGAUGUUAUAAUGUAUCAUGUCAUUCUGUAAAUUCCAUUAUUAACUAACAUCAGACUUGUAUUUUUUCCUUCUGCUGAAAAUCUUUAGUCCCCUCUAAAUCUUCAUUUAUCUUUUGUUAUGACUUACAGUUGCUAGGAUAACCAAAAGAACUCUAUUUCCCAUGAAAAUGUGUUAAUCCCAAAUUUUUAUCAUAAAAGUCAGUAUUCCAAUUUGCAAUCCAUUUAUAACUUUCUCAGAUCAAAAUCUUAUUUAGCUUUUUGUUAUUUAUUUCGAGUUUUUAAGCUUGCAAUUAAAUUUUCUUUAAACUCAUCUGCUAAAGACUUCAAACCUGUCAUCCUAAAGGUCUCUAAUAGUUUUAGAAUAAUAGGGAAUUUCUGAAAGUGAUUAGAAAGUGAGGUUUGGAAACUUUGUGUCCUUUAAAAGUGUCCAACGCAGUUGCAACAAGAUGGCUGAUUCUGUCAUUUCCUAGUACUCAAACCAAGAGAAAACCAUUGUCCUGCAGUCUCCUUAUGAAAAGCAGACAUCUGAUUUCCUGUCCUCUCCUUAUUCAAAGACAUUCAAGAGAGCUAGUCUAUGUGUUCUUUGAUCUUUGCCACAAUUGCCAGCACCACUUUUGCAGAGCCAUCUACAGUUUACAAUAUUCCACCCCCCCCCAGUCUUACCAUUCUCCAAGAACACAAGAAAUAAAAAAUGAAUUUAUUUAGCUUCUCAGUUGUGUUGCCUCAUCUUGCUCUUUUUGUUUUGUAUUUAAACAUAAAUACUAAUAAAUCAUUAUUUGGUGUAGUAAGGUAAACAAAAGUGAGCUGAUUUUUCAAAGAGGAAGAUUCUUUCCAAUCCAUUUCACAGGCUUGUUGUUGUAGAGAAGACUAGAGGCAGGACUACUAAGCAGAGGUAAUUCUUGUUUACUGACUGAAAUUGGUUCCAGUGAAAUGGUUGCUAAGUGAACCACUUGCAAGAGGCGGGGGAAACCAUGGUUACUGCCUUCUCAUGACACAUCACCCUCCUCCUUUUCCGCCUUGCAGGGUGAAGAAUUUAUUUAAAUAAUCAAUUUCUUCCAGAGUUGCCUUUUUCCUUAAGAUAGAAAACAUUUUUUCCUACCAAAAUGCUUUUUUCCUAUUUGUAUAUUCUCCAUGUUACGUUGGCCAACUAUAUAUAUAGUUGGCCAAAUAUAUAUUUAAAAGGAAGUAUAAAAAAUAGUAAUAAUAAUAAUAAUAACACAGUAGCAAAAAUAUCAGAGAAAGGAUUUUAUAAUCCAUUUUUUCAGGAUUUUAUCUAAGCAAUUUUGAUUGUUGUGAUAUUAUGGGACAAUUAAGUUGUAUUUAUUUCUAUUUGUUUAUGACAAUUCAAAUUAAAUGUCAAAUUAGCAUUCAGUCUGGCCUUAUGUUAUAUUACAGUGUGAACAAUGUCACAAUGAAAUACUUAACCAAGACUAGUGUCUAAAUAGAGAGGGCCAGUCCACAGACAAAAAUAUACGCAUGGGCUUCCAUUUAGCCUGAAGCUGGAAAAUGGUAGCAGAUGGCUCCAGAAGGCAUCUUUAGCCUAUAGGAAAAAAGUCUGUUCUUUCUUUUUAAAAACCUUUUUCAUUCAAUAAUUUUAAACUAUCUUGAGUGCACUGGCAAAAAAGUAAAAUCAUAAUGUAUGAAAUAUGUAAUAAAUUCUGUGAUUGCCGCUCUCA